GUCGCGUACCCUACGACUCCGAGCGCGAGGAGCGCGCUUGCCGACUGGGUGUUGCUUCACGGCAUCCUCAGUCGAACUGUCAAAGUGCACAUCAGACGGUCAGCUGGGUAGACCCGUGUCUAUUGUGCACCUGCACGAUCACGAAACUCGCAUUCGGAACCAGGGGUCGAUGUUCUCGUGGACAAACUCAUCAUGGUAAUAUGUCCACUGCCAACACGGCCCGGGUCGUGCACAUCGAAGCUCACGCUCGCAGCGGCUUCUAGGCAUCUUAAAGGACCGUCUCGCUGCGCACGCACCCGAUAGCCUCUUCUCCCCGCUCGAGGACUCGAUAGAAGGCCUUGGCUUUGCGGGUAUUGCGAGUCUAAGGACGGCUUGGCGUGCUCUCAGCAUGAAGUUCGGUCUGUCUUCCCCAGCAGUGACUGCGGUCACUCUGGGUGCUGCUUUGAGUGCAGCGCAAUGUCCGGAUUACACGACUUACUCGCAGAGCCCUCAGGGUAAUCCUUCCACGGGACCCCUGGCAUUACCGUACAUGAGACCGGAUCCAGCAUGUCGCACUUUCAAUAGCACGGCAGUAGAGGAUGUCAUUGCGAACAUGACUUCACGUCUCAAGGACCCUGAUAUUGCACGUUUGUUCGAGAACACGUUCCCCAACACAUUGGAUACUACCAUCAAGUAUUUCAACGAGACGGAGAACCUAGCCUUUGUGAUCACUGGCGACAUCACGGCCCAAUGGCUCCGCGACACGGGGAAUCAGCUUGCCCAAUAUCACUACCUGUACACCCAGGAUUCCGAGCUAGCAACGCUUGUCAAGGCUAUAAUCAACAAUGAGGCUCGUUAUGUCUCGCAGUAUCCUUACUGCAGCGCAUUCCAACCUCCACCUGAGAGUGGUCUGAGCACGACUGUCAAUGAUUGGGCUAUUGAUGUGCUGGUGAAUCCUCCGGUAGAUAACCAGACCGUCUACGAGUGCAAGUACGAGCUCGACUCGCUAUGCUCUUUCAUGAAGCUGUCACGCUCGUACUACCAAGCGACGAACGAUUCGUCCUUCAUGAAUGAUAACUGGCUGGACGCGAUCUCACAGAUCAUGCGUGUCAUCUGGGAACAAUCACAGCCUACUUUCGACGAGAACUGGAACCUUGUCUCAUACUACAAUUGGACGGGCGAGGCGGGUUCCCUCCCGGGAGCGGUCAACAACGGCGGGAAUGGCGAGCCGAAGGCAUACACGGGCUUAAUCGGCACGCACCACCGACCUUCCGAUGACCUGUGUACCUUUGCCUUCCUCACACCUGCGAAUGCGAUGCUCACAGUGGAACUUGGCUACCUCGCGGACAUCCUUGACUCUGCCGGCCUAGCGAGCGAUGUCAGCCAGGCCGCCAGGGAGUACGUCACUAACAUUACCGAAGCCAUCUGGGAGCACACCCUUGUAAAUAACGUAUUCGCUUACGAGACAAAUGGUUUCGGGGGACGGUAUGUCAUGGACGACGCCAAUGUGCCGUCUUUGAUGUCCCUGCCGUACCUUGGUUUCCUAAACAAGUCCCAUCCGGCGUAUGUUGCAACCAGCCAGGUCCUCAUGUCUCGGGUGAACCCAUACUAUGUCGUCGGCAAGAACUUCAGCGGUAUUGGCGGACCUCAUGAGGAUGCCUGGAAUCCCUGGCCCAUGUCUCUCAUCUCGGCCAUAUAUGGCACCGAUGACGAUGACGAAAUCUUGGAUUAUCUGUAUCUCAUCGCGAAUAACACCGACGGCCUUGGUCUGAUCCACGAGUCCAUUGAUAUUUAUGAUGGCUCCUACACCCGUCCGUGGUUUGCGUGGGCGAACAGCUACUUCUCAGAGAUGCUACUCGAUCUCGCAAGCCGCAAGCCGUACUUGAUAUUCAACGACAACGAAACCUACGUCCCGGGCCAGUAACAUUAGGCUAUGCAAGACUGCGUGUUCUGCAUACGGUGAUAGGAGGAUUUCAUGUUCUCACGGGCAACGUUCAAGGCGACCAGGGUAGCUGUUGUAUCAUACGAGUUGACAAGGACCCAUUGCUGUAGUCAACGGGCUGUCCACUUCUCAGGUGCCGUGGUUUCCUGUGUCUAUGACAGCUCGCUUCUGGGCACUGUCGAUCGCGCAGCCGUGUCCGCAGCAACACAAACAUUCUCACUUGAGUACUAAUAGUACUGCGCCCGAAGCCCAUCUCCCAUGGCUGUCAGUGUGCCAGUGAGUAUGCAGGACAAGGAUGGUGAUCUGUUCGCCGGCGGAGUGCCAGUAAGCG